GUGGAGCCCCACGAGUCUGAGCGUGCUGGCCGAUUCGUGCGACAGGCGAAGACAGAGUGCGGCAUCCACACUCGUACCACCUUCGCCGGCGCACCUCAUGGUGGAUCUCUGGUGGACCUCAUGGUCAAGGAUCCGGCCGACAUCAAGAGCCUCACUGCCAGCGCAGUGAAGACCAUCGAGCUGAACGAGCGUCAGGCCUGCGACGUGUUCUGCCUGCUCAGCGGCGCCUUCAGCCCCCUCACCGGCUUCAUGGAGGAGAGCGCCUACAACUCGGUCGUGAAGGACAUGCGUCUGCCCGAGAAGCAGCUCUUUGGCCUCCCGGUGACCUUCGAUUUGCCGGAGGUUGAUGGCAUCAACAAGGGUGACAAGCUGCUGCUGAAGUGGAAGGGACAGGAUGUUGCCGUGCUUGAGGCCUCGUCCAUCUGGAAGCCCAACAAGGUGGUGGAAGCAAAGGAGUGCUACGGUACCAGCAGCCUGGAGCACCCGACUGUGGCAUCUUUGGUGCAGGAGAUUGGAAAGUACUACAUCGGCGGCAGGAUGCACGGCUUCGAGCUGCCCAAGUUUGGAUACACCACUCAGACUCCUGCCGAGGUGCGUGCCACAUUGCCGGAGAACAAGCAGGUCGUCGCGUUCCAGAAUCGCAACCCGAUCCACCGUGCCCACUUCGAGCUGUUGGUGUGUGCUCAGAAGGACGUGAAGGACUCCAUUCUGCUGGUGCACCCCACCUGUGGCCCCACCCAGCCGGGUGACAUCGACGGCCUGGUGCGAAUCCAGACCUAUGAGGCACUGAAGACGGAGACCGAGAAGGAGUACCCAAUGUUCAGAUGGGCCUACCUGCCUUACAGCAUGAAGAUGGCGGGUCCUCGUGAGGCAAUCCAGCACAUGAUCAUUCGGAAGAACUACGGAGCCACCCAUUUCAUCAUCGGACGUGACAUGGCUGGCACCAAGAGCACCAUUGACGGAGAAGACUUCUACGGAGCUUACGAUGCGCAGGAGACGGGCAAGAAGUACUCCGCUGAGCUCGGCGUGACUGUGACCCAUUACGAGAACAUGGUCUACGUUGGCCCAGAGGAAGGCUACGUACAGGACUGA